AUGGAAACUUUUGAGCUAGGUUGCAUGGAGAUAGCGAGAGCAUUAGGGAUACGCCAAGGGCAGGAGGGUAAUGAAGACGUGAAGAUCCUAGUACGGCAACGUCUACGCGAAAGUACGGCAGGAAAGUGGUUGCUAAUCGUCGACAACGCUGACGACCUUGACUUACUUCUUGGAACCCAUCAAACAGACGGCUUGCUGGCCUUUCUGCCGGAAAGCGAUGAUGGCCUGACGAUAUUCACGACUCGACAUGGAGCCGUAGCGCAAUACCUGACGGGCAGCGACGUGGUUGAGAUGGGGAAGAUGACGGGACAGGAGACCGCGGAGUUGUUAGAGAAAUCGUUAAUUCGAAAAUGCCCUUCCUACGACUACGAGGCCGUGAUGAAUCUUCUCGACGAGCUAGAAUAUCUCCCAUUGGCUAUUACUCAGGCGGCAGCAUAUAUUAACACCAAUAAAAGCUCCAUAUCCGAGUAUUUACGGCUACUCAAGAAGACAGAGCAGGACGCUGUUGCGAUUAUGAGCACGGAUUUUGGGGACAACACACGAUACCCGAACUUGACAAAUGCAGUCGCGAAGACAUGGAUGAUAACCAUCAACAAGAUCCUCGAAUGCGAUACAUUAGCGGCAGAUCUCCUCGCAUUUAUAUCUUGCAUCGAAUGGAGAGCAAUCCCAUUCCCCAUUUUACCAGCAUCUUACCCCGAAGCCCGGUUGGUAAGUGCCGUUGGUACACUCUGCUCCUUCUCGUUUCUGGAGAGGAGAUACGAGGACGAUAAGCUCGACAUGCAUAGACUAGUCCACUUGGCGACCAGAAUAUGGGUUAAGCAAAGCGGCCGUGAAGUAGAGACAAGAACAGCCGCAUGGCAACACCUCUGCAAAGUAUUUCCCUCCGGUGAUUACGCUAAGCGUGAGAUCUGGCGGGAUUACCUACCGCAUGUGGCCCGCAUCGAGAAGGAUCAGCAAUGCCAAGGUACACAAGAACGGAGCGAGCUAUGUUUGAAGGUCGGGCGGUGCCUAUACGUUGAUGGGCGGAUAAAAGAAGCUAUUCUCUGGCUGAAGGAAUCUUGCGAGUGGAGGAAUAGAAAUCUUGCUCCAGAUAACGUGGAUCGGCUGUUCUCGCAACACGUGCUCGCUGUAGCAUAUCAAGCAAACGGGCAAGUUAAGGAGGCAAUCAAGAUACUAGAGCGUGUUGUCGCGAUACAAGCGGAAGUACUCGCAGAAGACCAUCCCGAUCGACUAGCGUCGCAACACACUCUCGCUAUAGCAUAUCGAGCAAACGGGCAAGUUAAGGAGGCAAUCAAGAUACUAGAGCGUGUUAUCGCGAUACAAGCGGAAGUACUCGCAGAAGACCAUCCCGAUCGACUAGCGUCGCAACACUCUCUCGCUCGAGCAUAUCAAGCAAACGGACAAGUCAAGGAGGCAGUCAAGCUGCUAGAGCGCGUUGUUGCGAUACAAGCGGAAGUGCUCGCAGAAGACCAUCCCGAUCGAUUAGUCUCGGAGAAGCUCCUUGCCACUUUCCAUGAGGACCAGCUAAAUGGAUCUGAAACAAGGCAGGCAUCUGCAUCGUCUAGUGAGAAUCUCGUGGCUAAUGGUCAAGACAGGUGUCCGUUCAACCAAGCACCUGACCUUCCGCAAGCAAUAUCCGGUAACAGCGUCCCAUUUGAUACGACGCCAGAUGAUUUUCAGAAGAUCAGGCACCGAAGUCCAGCAGCACUUUCACAAGAAGACUUCUCGCGCGGCGGUUAA